AUGCCAUACGGGAUGCAGCGAGGCCCCGUCCCCCAUCCUGCUUAUGAACAGGCGGCAUACGCUUCGAUGGGAUACCCGCGUGAUCGAGCCUACCCAGGCAUGGCGAAUCCAGGAUUCCCGCCUCAAAUGUAUGGAUUCUUCCCCGGCACCCCACACCCUACGCCGGCGCCGCGCCGUGGUGGCCCUCGUCGUUCCGGCUUCGAUCUGCCCGCCCCGCGCUGGCCC